UGAGCCUGGACGAUCAGGAGCAGGUGCAGGCUCUCAAGUAGGCCUGCCCGGAAGCUGUUUGCUUCCUGCACUUUGUCCGGGCCCUCGCCCCGUGCCAGGCGCUCUGCAAGAUGAAUCUCAACUUCACUCCCCCUCUCCAUCCAGCAUCUUCUCAGAGGCCCACGUCGUUUUUCAUCGAGGACAUUCUGCUACACAAGCCCAAGCCGCUGAGGGAAGUGGCCCCUGACCACUUUGCCAGCUCUCUGGCCUCUAGGGUGCCUUUGCUAGACUAUGGCUACCCCCUUAUGCCCACACCCACCCUCCUCACCCCUCACACUCAUCAUCCUCUGCAUAAGGGGGAGCACCAUCACCCUUAUUUCCUGACCACCUCAGGGAUGCCGGUCCCGGCUCUGUUCCCGCACCCGCAGCAUGCAGAGCUACCCGGGAAGCACUGCCGCCGCCGCAAAGCUCGCACUGUGUUUUCUGACUCGCAGCUCUCCGGCCUGGAGAAAAGGUUCGAAAUCCAGCGCUACCUGUCGACACCAGAGCGUGUGGAGCUGGCCACUGCUCUCAGCCUCUCCGAGACUCAGGUGAAAACGUGGUUCCAGAACCGGCGGAUGAAGCAUAAAAAACAGCUGAGGAAAAGUCAAGACGAACCCAAAGCCGCAGACGGGCCUGAGAGCCCAGAGGGCAGCCCCCGUGCUCCCGAGGGCGCGCCCGCCGACGCUCGGCUGAGUUUGCCGGCCGGUGCCUUCGUGCUUACAGAGCCGGAGGACGAGGUGGACAUUGGGGACGAAGGCGAGCUCAGCUCAGGGCCGCACGUGCUCUGAGUGGCCAGGCUGGGAAGGGAGACCCGGGCGAGGAGGCUGUGGGGCCAGACCCGGUUCUUUCCGGGCGGGAAGACUCGCGGAGACUCUAGACUGUUCCUGCGGCCAGGACUGGAAGAAAGAAAGGC